CUCCUUACUACAGACCGUAGGGUAGUCAGCGGCCGCCAUUGUCGGCUCGGCGAGCGGCUGGGGGGGAGAGCCCGUGAAGGCGGCGAGCGGCGCUGGGGGAGACGGCGGCCAACGCAAGCAGUGCACACAAAAUGGAAUCAAAGCCAUCAAGAAUUCCACGGAGGUUAUCUGUUCAGCCAUCUGGUUCUCGAAGUACUAGGAUAGGAGCUGGAAGUGGUGGAACAAGUUUAACUGAUUCAUACCGUACGAGAGAGUCUUCAUUAAGACUUGAUUCUGGACGCCAGGAAUCUGGCAGGUUGCAUAGUUCCAGUAGAGACUGGUCAGUUGAAGAACGAGAAGCAUAUGAAAGUUCAUGGAAGCUUCCAGCUUCUUCUCCAACUCACUAUUCAGGAACACUUGAUCGUCCGUGGUCUGGAAGAUUUUUGGGAAGCAGAAAUAGAUUGGUUACAUCAUCAUCAUCUUCACCACUUCCUACAUCAUCUUGGUUGGGUGAAUCUGAAAGAACUCAGGGAGCAUAUUCUUCAAGACUACAUAACCAACAACAAGAUAUUGAUUCAAAAAGACCUAAACUUUCUUAUACAUCUACCUCUAGUAUUAGAAGUAGUGGUUUAAGCACAGUUUCAGAUUCCCCAUGGAGGUACAGUGAUGUGCCCAGAUCUUCAUCUAUGGUACUUGGAUCAUUAACAACUGAACUUGUGAGAGAGAGAAGAGAGCUAGAAAGGACAGAGCCAUCUGUUAGUUUUGUGGAUUGUAGUCAAAGGAAUGGUGAUUUCCCUCCAUCAGCAUAUUUGCAGGAAAGACCUGCUUCUUCAUAUACACAGGGAGCUAGACCAAAGGAAAGCUCAUUGAGUUCUUUAAGGCUGAACACAUCCAUGAACCGCCAGUUGCCUUCUGAACAUGAAUCUUCAUUACUCUCUAGAGAGCAUAGCUGGAAUUCAAGAUCUAACUAUGUCCCAAGAGAAGUAGAGACUUCUGAAAGGAAUAUACAGCCAGAGUUUACCCAUGAUACCAUGAGAAAUGGGACCAGAACCUCAAACCUUUCUGAAGGAGUUUUGCCAACCCAAAGGUCAUUAAGUGAGCCUUCUGCUGAUACUGAAGGAAGGCGUUCAACAAGGCAGUUACUAUCUCGCUUAGCAUCUAGUAUGUCCUCCACCUUUUUCCCAAGAAGGUCUGGCCAAGACUCUUUGACAUCUUCAAGAUCAUUAGGUUCUAGAGAUAUAAGUGUUCUAAGAGCUCAAGCUUCUGCCCAGGCUACUACUUCUAACACACUUACAACUUCUGAAAGUACAGAAGCUCAAACACCUGAUCCUGGUUCUCAGGGAUUUAGCUUCCUUAGAAGACGCUGGGGUUUGGCAGGUAUUUCACCAAAUCAUAGUGCUGAGUCAGAAUCUGGAAAUUACAGACAUAAUUCUGAAAGUAGAAAUGCAGGUUCUUGGCUGUCAUCAUCUUUGAGGAACAGAUGUACACCUUUGUUUUCAAGAAGGAGAAGAGAAGGAAGAGAUGAAACGGCAAGAACCUCUACCUCUGAAACAUCUCCUAGGUCACUGCAUCUUUUUAGGAGAAGAGAAUCUGCUGGGGAUGUACCUCUUGAAGCACAAAGGGAAUCCCUCAGGCCGAGGCCAUCAAUACCUGCAGUACCCAGUGGUACUAUAUCUGUUGCUUCGGGGUCAGAGUCAGUGCCUCCUAGAAGAAAUUCAGGAAUAUCAGGAAUGUUUCCCGGCUCUCUUUUUCGGUUUGCAAUGCCACCAAAUGUGGGAAAUAACAUGUCCGACAAUGUUAUGAUAACUGUAGAUAUUAUUCCAUCAAAUUGGAGUCAGUCUAAUGGACAAGAUAGCGACAAAUCUAAAAUACCAUCUUCAAGAGACCCAGAAAAGCUUCAGAAAAUUAAAGAAAGUCUUCUUUCAGAAGAUUCAGAAGAAGAGGAAGAAGAUAUAUGUAGGAUUUGUCAAAUGUCCUCUACAUCUGCCACUAAUCUCUUAAUUGAGCCAUGUAAAUGCGCUGGAAGUCUGCAGUAUGUUCACCAGGAAUGUAUGAAAAAGUGGCUACAAUCGAAGAUUAACUCAGGUUCUUCAUUGGAAGAUGUAACUACCUGUGAAUUGUGUAAAGAGAAACUUCAGCUCAAUCUUGACAAUUUUGAUAUCCAUGAACUACAUAGAGCACAUGCAAAUGAACAAGCAGACUAUGAAUUUAUCAGUUCUGGGCUUUACCUUGUAGUAUUGUUACAUUUGUGUGAACAGCGCUUUUCAGAUAUGCUGGGAACUACAAGUGAGGCCAACACACGUAUCCGGUUUAUUAAUCUUGCAAGAACUCUUCAGGCACACAUGGAUGAUAUUGAAACAGCUUCAGAUGAUGAUGAUGAUUCUGAAGAUGGUGAUCUCGAUAGGACCCUUGAUGCUGCAUAGAUGGAGUGGAAGGGCUAAAUGCUCAGCUGACACAAGUAUCACCAAUGCACAUUUAUUUAGUAAACCAUGCUGAAUUCUAUUAGAUUUCUGAAGAACUGCUGAAUCAAACAGAAAAUCUGCUGUUGCACACUGGUAUCCAUAGAUACUGGAUAUUGCUCAUUCAGUCUGCAAGAGUAUCUUUCUUCUUUCAGAGUAUGACAAUGUAUGCCUUCUUCUCAAGGGUGUGAUUUUUAUCUGUAAGGAAGAGUUCUUUUUUUAUAAACUUCUUACAGAAAUCGGUUAUAAAUUCUGGGAAAUGUUUCUCAUGUUUUGCUCUUCUACUGGCACUAAGUGGAACUGUUAAAUGAGUUUGCAAGUUCAAGUCACGGGGAGGGGAUAAUUCUUUGUUAACUUACCACUUAAAAAUAUCUAUCGAGAAGUCUCAUCAUUUUGGUUCCAGUGUUAACACCUAGAUUGAAUGAGGGAGUGAAUGGGUUCUGUAAUUAGUGUUAAGUUUCUCUAAGUUUUUCUGGAGGAUUGUUCAACUCAAAGCAAUAAACUUGCAAGGGGCUACUAGUAAGUAUUAAUUACGGCUUUUAUAAGUAUUGAUUUCAAAACUGCAGACUAUAUUUGAUAAUAUUAUGUACAAGUUCCAAUUAGGAAUUACAGCAGUAAACACAAGCAUUUCAGCAUUCCUGGAAGGAAUAAAACUUAUGGUUUAGAAUCUUAACCAAGCUAUUUAUCUGAAUGAACAUUUUUUAGAACCCACAUUCACUGCUAAGGCACUGGUUAUCAAUGUGUUUUCUAGUGUUGUCACUUGUUUGUUAAAUAAAAAUUGCAAUCCUA